GUUAUAAAUUUAUACCAUUUUACCAUUUUCUUUCUCUCUUCGAAUACAUGUUCUGCUCUCUUAUAUGCGGGUUUUUAAGAGUCCUUUUGCCGGCUUUUAGCUCCAGUUGGCCUGUCUGUUGCUCCACUUAUUGGCUUCGUUGGCAGCCGAUUUUUCCUUGGCCUACCGCAAGCAGAAACUUGGUCAACAUUAUCCGCCUCUCCACAUUCAGCUGUUUCCCUAGACUCGCUGAAUCGGCUCUCUUUUGUCCCCAUUUUCUCUCAUUUCCCCAAAAAUGUUCUCGUGGCGCUUGGGCCUCGUUCGCCAUGCCGCUCUGUGUCAGUUUGAGUUUAUGUCUUCAUCGGAUUGGGUCUGCUGGAAAUUUAUUUGCAUGCCGGUCAGGCCUUGCCCCUUGGAGUAUGCUCUAUAAAUUAAACAUAAAUCAGCUGCACGGCAAAUCAUUUGAUUUCAUUUGACGAAGCUCCCUGCUUUGCAUUCUAGCUGGUGACACUUAGUCUUGUCUCACGUACUCCAUGCAUGGAUGGGCCUUUAGGUCCGAGGUCCAAAAUGACUGGAGUUAGUCAAAUAAGGGGCAGCAGUUGAUGAGUGAGUGUCAAGGGUCACAGGUCAUUGGGGUGGGGUGUUGGAGAGGUGCUCCAAUGGGUUGAGACGGCAUUGAUAAGCAAAUAGCCAUUUAAUGGGCCUGAACUGAAUACUCAAAGUAAUCAGAGUGAUUAGCUGUGAAUUAGGUUAGGAGCUACGUUUUUUUUGUUCUGUCUAUCAGGCUUAUUAUAUUCUGGGUAGUAGAAAAAUCGAUGAUGGCACAAGGUACCCCAAACCACACACCAUCGAUAUAUGCAUCUAUCAAUAUAUAAUAUUUAAUGGUGCAUUUUCAAGCAAGUUUACGAUGCGCCAAAAUGAAAAGUUUUGAAAUAAAAAUGUGGGGAUGGUUAUGUGGAAAUAAGAGCUUACAUUGUUAGACAGGUUGACGACAAAACAGACAGCCACGUGUGGCCAUAAAAACUGGUACACCGAAUAUACGUUAGACGUCGAUUGUAUUCCGCAAAUGUAUUUUAGGUUGCCUGACCUAGAUUUAGCUUCACUUUUUCAUCAUAUAGUAAGGCAAUAUUAUCGACCAUUUUAUCGUUUUUUGAACAUAACAUAAAGACAGCCAAUAUUAUUUUACAUAUUAUUUUUUAAAUAAUGACUUUUUAAUCGCCUCAUAUGAAGCUUAGCUUAUUCUUAAAAAACGCAGUGGCAUAACUGGAAAAACAGAUUAUAUUUAAAAAAGGGCAACCCUCUUAUCACCAAGCAAUGGCGACAAAUGACUACAUAUGCAGUUCCAGAAAUGCGCCUUUAUUGCGUGAUCUCAAAUUCCUUGAAUUGUACGCGUGAUAAGCAUUUAUAAAAUCGACUUUCCCAACUGAUCAGUUGGCAUUCCGUCAAUGGAGAUCGUUGUAAUCGGAAUGGCAUUCAUUCUGCUGCUAUUGGCAGUUUUUCCCCUUCUGGGGUCAACGCAAUUUCUUGAUUCGGAAUGUGGUACACGGUCCCCCUUAAAGCUUGGACCUCGUGUAGUUAACGGCAAAGUCGCGAUUAGAAACUCUAGUCCUUGGAUGGCAUUUUUGCAUACGUCGAGUAAUCAAUUCAUUUGCGGCGGAACUCUUAUAUCUCGCAGACUGGUACUAACUGCAGCUCACUGUCUUAUUCCGAAUACCACAAUCGUUGUUCGUCUGGGCGAGUUUAAUAGAAAGCUAAAAGGAUAUCGAGAGGAGCAUCAAGUGGAUAGGACCUUUCAGCACCGCCUUUACGAUCAAAACACGCAUGCCAAUGAUAUAGCCCUACUGCGACUGCUGUCCAAUGUAGUUUAUAAAGCGAACAUCAGACCUAUUUGCAUUAUGUGGGAUGUGUCGUGGAAACAUCAUAUCGAUAUCAUUAAAGUGUUAACUGGCACUGGAUGGGGAAGAACUGAAUCGAUGCAUGACAGCAAUGAGCUCAGGACACUGGACAUUUCGCGUCAGCCUUCAAAAAUGUGCGCUUUUGGCAGCGUUUUGAGCAAUCAGUUUUGUGCCGGAAAUUGGAACAGCAAUCUUUGCAUCGGCGAUACUGGUGGUCCUGUGGGAGCAAUGGUUCGAUAUAGAGGUGUAUACCGCUUUGUUCAAGUAGGUAUAGCCAUAACUAACCAAAGGUGCCAGAGACCAAGUGUAUAUACUGAUGUCAUGGGCCAUAUCGACUUUAUCCGUCGUAUAUUUUUGACGCAGAACGGCAACGAUAGGAUCCAGGUGACACCAAAGCCAGAUAAAGAGGCGGAAUUCGAUUGGAAUAAUUCUUAUCCUAUACUAUGGUAGGCCUCUUACAAAUAAUGUGUUCUUAUCAUAUUUAAGAGGUCAUAAAAUAAGAGUACGGCCAUGGUAGCUUAUCAAACUACUUUCUGAUAUGCUGACCUGAAUGUUGCAUUGAAUAAUUUUUAAUUUUUGUUAAGUUGAUGAGCAAAAAACCAAAAUUACCGAAGCUAUAGAUGCUCCAAGCCCGUUUGCUUGCACUUAAGCCCAAAUAUUUAAGCCUGCAGCCAAUAUAGUGGCUAACCCCUUAAUAGAACGUGAGGGAUUUUUUGCCACGUCAUUGAAAAUACGCAAUAAAAUCAAAUCAUGCUCAAAAUUUGAUGAAUAUUCAUGGCAUUAAAAGCUCUUGAAUUAUUAACGACGAGCAUAUUCAGUUGGCCAAAUGCUCUUCGGCAAAAGCACUUGCCCAUCCACACCCCCUGUGUGGUAACCUCAUGCAUAUUCCCGUACUAUCAUCUCCGUCGAAGGCAGAAAGUGUUCAAUAAUGAAUUUUUGACAAUGCUUCCCUAGCAGCGGCGACCUCGAGUAACCGGCAGAAGGUGGAAAAGCUGCAAAAAAAAAUGGUCUGUGAAAAGGGGGCUAACAACCCUUAAAUGGGUCUGCAAUUUCACCUUUGCCAGGACUUUAUAGUGAAGAGUCAUUGAAAAAUGCCUUUGGCAGAGUGCAUCCGUCUGAUCCCCAAAACUGAAAAGAGCAAUGCAAGUGAAAGGGCCAACAAAGGCGCUGAUUAGACGAUGGAGGAGACAAAAGAAGGAAAGUGUCGUCCUGGAUGCAUGUUAAUUGAGACAGAGGAAUGGGAUUUGUGUCGAGCGUAUGCAGAAUGAUUCUGUCUGGAAAAUUACUCUUAUUGCUCUUCUAACAAUCACAAUUCUAAGAAGUCCUUAACUUGCAUGUGUUUUAAAACAAUUGUUCACGAACACAUCGUUUUCUUAAACUUUGUAAGCGCAAUGCCUGCAAAAAACUCAGAAAAUAAGUUCUUGACAGGCAACAAUAAAUUUUUUUAAUAUUAUUAUUGUUUAUGUUUACUUUUGUUUCAUUGGACGCACAAAAAGCUAGACUGUCUAGACGGCACAACGUGGGUGUAGAGCCCACACAUUGAUAUUUCGUUUUAAAAUCAUAAAAAAUGGUAUAAAUUACUCAUAAUCAAAUAGUCGAAAGUCAGAAAGUUGUUAAAAAGUAUUCUGUUCACAUUAAACAAAAAGCAUAUGUUUUAUUUUAUAACAAGUAUAAGCGUUGGACUUCGUAAUUACGAUAAGAGUGAUUCAUAAACCGAAUACAUUUUAUAUACAUUUAUAACGACCUAAUAUAUUUCAAGGCCACGUUAAAUGAACAAACCCAUUUAGUAAAGUAGCAACCGAAACUAAAGGAACAUAAAAACGAAAUCAAAUUAUGACUUAAUUAUUCCUAAACGCCUAUUACCACAAGGACACAGAUGUUCGGUGUCAUAAUGUUUUCCUGCCCGCAGAUAACCAACCUCUGCGGAAAGUUGAUUUCGCAGCAAAAUAAAUACUCGUAGCCCAGAAAUAUUUGUUACUUGAGUAAAUUGGUCACGUCGUCGGUUUCAGGUAUAAAGCGGAUAUUGUAAAAUUAAAUUGAUUCUCUUUUGCCCGCCCCUUUUUCUUCGGUUUUUGUAGAAUUUAUUUUUCGGUUUUUGCUUUAUUCGCAUAAUGAAAAGCCGCAUGUAUAUAUUGUGGGCAGAAUAAAUAAAUAUAGAUGUUGGUUCAUCAUUCGCAUUUUCAUCAAGAAAACGUUACAAAUUUACGUGACAGAUUAGUGAGUGAUAGAUUGUGUACCAGGAAGCAGAAAAUGGCAGACGAGGAAUAUAUUUUUAAUAAAUUUCAAAUGUAUUUCAAAGCUUAACUAGAAGAGCUUUGAGUCAUACCGCUGAGCUUGUGCUCUGCGUCCCGAUGUAAGGGCAUUUAUCAAAAUGUUGAGUACAAAUUCAUAACAAAUAGGUAAAAUGGUAUCUAUGUAUUGGGUUGGUACGACAUUAUUCAAAUUAAAAGAAAACCAUUUUUUUAAACAAAAUAUAGCUUACUACUUUUUUUAUGAAAACAGUCAAAAGUAUGUCUCCUCAUGGCCAAAAAUUAAAACCAGAUAUGAACUAGUUUCUUGCUUAAGACUACAUAAUUUUGAGUUUACAGCAAUAUGUUAACGGCUUUCCGCAUUUGUUCUUCAAUUAAAAGCAUAACAGCAUAACCUACCACCAUUCGUUUCAAUUCUAUUCAACCACUGUCAACAAGCACAUCAAAAUAUAGAGCAAAACAAGUCCGGGAAAUC